CCCCGCCCACGACCCAGUCAGUGCCCGUCCUGGAGAAACAGGGAACAAAACAAAAAAGGAAGUGGUCAGUCCCGCCGGCUGGCUGUGGAGUAAUUUUCGCAGCUCCUCCUUCGCCGUUUCGGAAUCGGCUCUCCCGCAACGCUUCCUUGGCUGGAGAGUUGGGGUGCCCGCAAAAAAUAAAAUAAAAUCCCACGGGGAGGGGGGGGGGAGCUUGGAAGGACCCGUCUCUACAGGGCAUCUGCUGGGCAUCGCUUUUGCUGGCCAUGGCUGGACUCUGGGUUUUUUUGCUCGUGGGCCGCCUACUGGCGCCGGGCAGCGCCUUCAACCUGGACGUGGAGAGCCCAACUGUUUACUCCGGUUCCGAGGGGAGUUACUUCGGCUUCGCGGUGGAUUUCUUCGCCCCGGAUCGCUCCUCGAUGUUUCUCCUUGUGGGUGCUCCAAAGGCAAACACAACUCAACCUGGGAUUGUGCAAGGAGGCCAGGUGCUCAAGUGUAACUGGAACCCCAACAGAAGAAACUGCCAGCCGAUUUUAUUCGACGCCACAGGCAACAGAGAUUUUGCGAAAAACGAUCCUCUGGAAUUCAAGUCCCACCAAUGGUUUGGCGCAUCGGUGAGAUCUAAAGAUAACAAAAUUUUGGCGUGUGCCCCAUUGUACCACUGGAGAACGGAACAGAAAGCAGAGAGGGAACCUGUGGGAACAUGUUAUCUUCACAACGGGUCCAGAGCUUUUGAAUACGCUCCCUGCAGGUCAACAAACAUUGACGCUGAAGGACAGGGCUUUUGUCAAGGUGGAUUCAGCAUUGACUUUACUCAGGGAGAUAGAGUACUUCUUGGAGGACCUGGAAGUUUUUACUGGCAAGGCCAGCUCAUUUCUGAUAAAGUGGCUGAGAUUGUGUCAAAAUACAACCCCAAAGUCUACACUACCAAGUAUGACAGCCAGUUAGCAACGCGGUCGGCUAAUGCUGAAUUCGAUGACAGCUACUUGGGUUAUUCAGUAGCUGUGGGAGAUUUCAGCCAUGAUGGCAUAGAAGAUUUUGUUUCUGGGGUCCCAAGAGCAGCAAGAACUUUGGGCAUGGUUUCUAUUUAUAAUGGAGAGACCAUGGCGUCCAUGUAUAACUUUACUGGAGAGCAGAUGGCUGCAUAUUUUGGAUAUUCUGUAGCUGCCACAGAUAUCAAUGGGGAUGAUUACGCAGAUCUACUCAUAGGAGCCCCACUCUUUAUGGAUCGUGGUUCUGAUGGCAAACUUCUGGAAGUGGGACAAGUUUCUGUUUAUCUCCAACAUGCCUCUGGAGGUUUUCAGAGUCAGGCCGUGAAGCUGCAUGGCUUUGAGGUUUUUGCAAGGUUCAGCAGUUCAAUUGCACCUCUGGGAGAUCUCGAUCAGGAUGGCUUCAAUGACAUUGCAGUUGCUGCCCCUUAUGGUGGAGAAGACAAGAAAGGGCUGGUUUACAUCUACAAUGGGAGAGCUACAGGUUUGAAUGGGAUGCCAUCUCAGGUCCUUGAAGGACAAUGGGCCUCUGAGACAAUGCCACCAAGCUUUGGAUACUCACUGAAAGGAGCUACCGACGUGGACAAAAAUGGCUACCCAGACUUGAUUGUAGGUGCUUUUGGUGCUGACAAAGUUGCCUUAUACAGGGCACGGCCAGUCAUUACAGUCAUUGCUGGGCUAGAGGUCACCCCAACCAUUCUAAAUCCGGAAGACAAAUCCUGUGAACUGAAUGAAAAUCGCCAGAAGGUUUCUUGUUUUAAAGUAAAGUUCUGCUUAAAAGCGGAUGGCAAAGGAAGUCUUCCCAGGGACCUCACUUUCCAUGUGGAGCUGCUGUUGGACAAACUGAAGCAAAAAGGUGCCAUCAGGAGGGCGCUGUUUCUCCACAGCAGGCAGCCGGUCCACUCGAAGAACAUGACUGUCCCCAGAGGGGGUCGAAUGAGCUGUGAAGAACUUCAGGCCUUUUUAAGGGACGACUCCGAAUUUAGAGACAAGCUUACUCCAAUCACCAUAUUCAUGGAAUAUCAGCUAGAUUAUAAAACGGCUAUGGACUCUACUGGCUUGCAGCCCAUCCUCAACCAGUUCACUCCUGCAAACGUUAGCAGACAGGCUCAUAUUCUUCUGGACUGUGGUGAGGACAAUGUCUGCCGUCCGGACUUGCAAGUGGCCGUGGACAGUGAUCAGAAGCAGAUCUAUAUUGGGGAUGAGAAUCCUUUAACCCUAGUCGUCAAUGCCGAGAACCUAGGAGAGGGAGCCUAUGAAGCUGAACUCAUUGUUACCGUCCCACCUCAAGCAGACUUCAUUGGCAUAGUUCGCAACAAGGAGGAUUUGGCAAGGCUUUCAUGCGCAUUUAAAACUGAGAAUAAAACCCGGCUAGUUGUCUGCGACCUUGGGAAUCCAAUGAAAGCAGGAACAAAACUUUCAGCCGGCCUUCAUUUUAGUGUUCAUCAGGAAUCUGAGAUGGACACCUUUGUGAAGUUUGAUCUACAGAUUCGUAGCUCUAACAUGUACAACAACCUAAGCCCCGUGACAUCUUAUCAGGUGGACCUGGCCAUCUCAGCAGUUGUCGAAAUCAGAGGGGUUUCUUCUCCGGAUCAUCUUUUCCUCCCAAUUCCUAAUUGGCAACCCAAGGAGAAUCCAGAAACGGAGGAUGACAUCGGGCCUCUGGUUCAACACAUCUACGAGCUCAGAAACAAUGGCCCGAGUGCUGUCAGCAAAGUGAUGCUCAAUCUUCAGUGGCCUUACAAGUACAACAACAACACCCUGUUGUAUAUUAUGGAAUAUGAAAUUGAAGGCCCCAUGAACUGCACUUCCGAUAUGGAAAUUAACCCGCUAAAAAUUAAGAUGUCAACGCCUCACCAAGAUGAAAAGAAUGAAACAACGAAUGAAGGAGAUAGCCGCAGUCACAAUGUCAACCGGAGGGACCUAAGCGCAGCUGAGGGAGAUGUACAAACUUUGGGCUGCGGAACUGCAGAAUGUUUAAAGAUAUUCUGUCAAGUGGGUCGCCUAGAGAAGGAGAAGACGGCAAUUCUGUAUUUAAAAUCUCGCCUUUGGACUCAGACCUUCAUGAACAAAGAAUACCAGAACCACUCCUAUUCUCUCAAAUCAUCCGCUUCCUUCAGCGUUAUUGAGUUCCCUUACAAGAAUCUUUCCUUUCCUGAAGAUGUCCACAAUUCUACAAUAGUUACCACGAAUAUCCUGUGGGGUAUUCAGCCAGCACCCAUGACCGUGCAAGUCUGGGUAAUCAUACUAGCCGUCUUAGCAGGAUUAUUACUUCUGGCACUUCUAGUCUUUAUAAUGUACAGGGUGGGCUUCUUCAAGCGUGUGCGGCCACCUCAGGAAGAACAAGAAAGGGAACAGCUGCAACCGCAUGAAAAUGGAGAAGGGACAUCGGAGGCCUAAGCAGUGUUUUAGCUGUGUCAUUUACCAAAAGGUUCAGAAUGGUCAACACACCUUCCUUUUUUAAAAUGUGUAUUUUUUUCCGCCUUGAGGGACAGACUGUCUAGAAUUGCAUUGCAGGUGUCUUCUGGCAUCUACAGUAGUCAGAGGUUAACUGCAAAAUGAGAGCAAUACAUGUUAGCCUCCCUCCUAUUUAAUCCUGUUCACAUACGUGACUAAUACAUGUGCACUGAUGAGCAUAUUUUUAGUGCCGCAGCCUUGCUUAUCCAGCUCCGGAAGGCUAAAGACAUAAAAUGUGUUGAUUGGUACAACUUGAACUGCUAACGAGAGUUUGCAGACCUGCAGCUACUACAUCCGUUUAAUGAACUGUGUGUACACUAAUUGAAGACUGUCUGGGUUGGACCAUUCCACGGUACUCACCAAUCCUCAGAAGUACUUAACUUGCCACUACAUUUUCAAACCAGAAACAUCUAAAUCGACAAAACAUACAAUGUUCUGCUCCACUUACAUGAUUUUCAGUGAGUUCGCCAUAGAGGACAACUGUACUGUCCACUUCAUAGAUGCAAAAGAUUUAUUUCGGUUUCCUAAUAUUUAUGAGAGAUCAUCAGCCUUUUCCUAAUAUUUCCUAAUAUUUAUGAGAGAUCAUCAGCCUUUUUUCUAGACACUAAUAUACCCAAACUCUGGGAAAUGAUUGAUUUGUGCACCAGACUUCUGAUAACUUUUCUAGCCCUUCAUAACCUUUCCGCACUUCAGAAAAUUCAAAGCCUAUACAAGGAAACAGAAAUUCUUCAUUCACAAUAUAUUAUAAAAAAAAUAAUUAAGAGUAUCUGCUUGACCUUACUAUGCAUAAUUUUACUUCUGCUUUCAAAAUGCAAGUUUUGAAACAAAAUGGAAUUAUUUAUAGCAAAACUAGGCUGUUGGAGGAUGAGCAAAGGAGGACAUAGAGGGAGCGAAGCAAAUGGUGCUUAGAUGAAUUGGAAUUGUUACCUCUUACAAGCCCACUAGAAGCCUUCAUCAGACGUGUCUCACAAUUUCCAGCUCUUAACUGCAGCGUAAGUUGGAAAACUAAAGAGUUCAGAAUGCCACAUCCCGCUCUAGAUCUUGGCUUUGCUCUGGGUCUUUACAGAUCAAACCCUUAGAUAUGUAAAGAAGGAAUCCUGUUUGUACAAGUAAUUUGACAGGCGGUGGUAGCAGUCAUGCUGUGCUGAACGUGUCUCAGUGAAGAUGCCAAGUGGCAAUGUCAUGUUGUCUCAAGUGGGACCCCCUCACGGUUGCAUUUGCCAGGAAGUUUUGUUUUUUUAAUCGUCAUAGAGGAAAGCAGUGGAGUAAUGGAGGAAAAGCAUUUUAUUCUGAACAGCUCGCAGGAUGCAUGUUGUUAAGCAGGAAAGAGCCUUAAAGGGCAGUUCCGGUGAAUGGGAUUUCCAAGGAUGUUGACUGUACCUUCACUCUUUCUGGGAUCAUUGCCAGGAUUUGAUCUAUGGGAGGAAGCUGAAACCACAGUGGAGAUAGUUGGCCAGGUAUUCAAGAGCUCUGAUGGAGAGAUUUCCUGGAGAAGAGAGACCACUGAGGCGAUAAUACACAAGAAGGCAAAUGUGAAGCUGAAUUGUAAGGUUUGGUCUUAGGUGUUUCUACCUUUUUCCUAAAACGGGGUAUUGUAAGUACAUUUAAUGGGAAGGAUAUGCCUAGUUGCAGAAAUAAAAAAAUGCGGACGAUGAGAGCAACUGUGUGCCAUGUAGCCGAACUACCAAAAUUGGGAAAUGAGGUAGAUUUAUCAAAGCGAUGUGGUUCUGAAUUGCUGGUUUAUUUUUAAAAUCAUCUCUAUUUUCUGUGAGAGGAAAACAAAAAAGGGACUUAAGUUUUAGUGUUUAUCUUGGGCCUAGAGAACCACAUGCAUGCACAUCAUUUGAUUUUGGGGGGGAUAUUGAUUACUGUACUCGAUGACUAUUAGCUGAAUGUGUGAACUUAGGAGCAACUGGGAAAAUAGAGCUCUAUCUAUGCCAUGGUGCCAGAUCUGAUGGCCCUUUCAUACAGGCAAGUUAUCAAGUGAUGAGCAUGCGGAUGUGAACUAGGCUUAAGACAAUAAAGAGAAGACAAUUGCUUCUAUGGGGCUCAAAGUAGCACUUUCCAUACAAACGCCAUACUGAAAGAGACAAUUGUUUGAUAAGCACGAACAGCAACUGCAAAACACAACAGAUUGUAUCAGUUUCCACUUUCCACCCUGAGUUACCGGAUAGUUUUGCUUUGCCACAUUCACAGUGUGUUCUUCCAUAAGGGCCAAUGACACUGCAACACUUUGUAAAUAGUGCUCUUGUUUAUCCAAAUCUCUUUUUUCUUGGAUAUCCCCUCCUAGACCAUUCAGAUGAAUGAACUUGUACUGUAUGUAAAUAUUUCUAAAGGAAAGAAUGUCACAGAAGUAGGCAAAAUGAAAUAUAUUAAGCAUUUUAUACUUAAUAAUUUUUUCAUGAAGAUUAUAUAUUUUGUACACAGCAGAAGACGAUGCAUCAAAAUGUACAAAGAACGCUACCCCCUCCCAAAAAAACCCAAAACCAAAUGGUUAUGUCCUGUCACUUGAGUCUGCUUAAUUGGAUGAAAAUAUGGUUAAGAUAAGAGAUAAAUAUUUUUUCUGGCCUUGUCGUUCUAUUGGUCUGUAUCUAGACAUAGCUGUUACUGAAAGUAUCCUUCUUAACAGUACAAUCCUAUGCUUGUGUAUUCAGAAGUAAGUCCCAUUCUGUUCAGUGGGGCUUACUCUCGGGUAAGUGUGCACAGAAUUGCAACCCAGAGUGAGUUAUAAAUCAACUUCAUUGUUGAAUAGACACAUCUUGGUGUCCUGUAUUACAAAAAAGCAUAAAUUUCCAAGUGGUUUAGCAAUCUGCCAAUUUAUAUUAUUAACUAGAAAUUUGAAUAUCCACAGCUUAACAUCCUAAGUGAACAAGCAGAUGUAGUCCUAUCCUCCUACAGCUAACAGCUGCAACCCAGCAGUGUUGGGAGUUUUGGCAGUCUUUAAAUUUAAAUAUCUGAAAACAACAAGAUUUAGGAAACUGACAAAAAUGCAUUAAUUAAAGACAUAAAGGUAGCACUGGGUUUUUCAGUUCUGUGCGGUGUUAGGGGUGUGUGAUAGAGGUUUCAUAAUUUUAGAGGCAUUAUGCUGUGGUCUAAACCACUGAGCCUAGGGCUUGCCGAUCAGAAGGUCAGCAGUUCAAAUCCCCGCGACGGGGUGAGCUCCCGUUGCUCGGUCCCUGCUCCUGCCAACCUAGCAGUUCGAAAGUACAUCAAAGUGCAAGUAGAUACAUAGGUACCACUCCAGCGGGAAGGUAAACGGCACUUCCGUGCGCUGGUCUGGUUCGCCAGAAGUGGCUUAGUCAUGCUGGCUACAUGACCCGGAAGCUGUCUGUGGACAAACGCCGGCUCUCUUGGCCUAUAGAGCAAGAUGAGCGUGCAACCACAGAGUCAUCCGCGACUGGACCUAAUGGUCAGGGGUACCUUUACCUUUACCUAUGUUGUAACAUCAGUGCUUUCUUGCCAUAGUAUACCUGUCACUAAUAUAGGACUCCCUAAUAAUCAUAUGAACUAUGUAUAGGCAACCGCUUUUUAAAAAAAUACAAAGUGGUAUUAAAUAGUAUGAUAUUAUAUACUAUGAUAUUUCCUUCAAGGUUAUAAUACACAGCAUUAGAACAAACCAUAAAAUCAUAGAAUUGUAGAUCUGGAAGGGACCACAAGCGCUAUCUAGUCCAGCCCCCUGCAAUGCAGGAAUCUUUUGCCCAACAUGGGGCUUGAACCCAUGACCCUGAGAUUAUGAGUCUCAUGCUCUUAUCAACAGAGCUGCGUGACCUCUUCAUAAAAAUCCCUUCCGGAAACCAACCACCCAUUCUUCAUAAGACACUGUCAUUCUAUUGCAGAUAGGGCUGCUAUCUUAUCAGUCCAUAAUGCGUUUAUGCUUUAAUAUUGGUAUAUCACUGCUUCAUUUUCAUGGCAUAUUCUGAGAGGUACUGAGUUGAUUGAAUUAUUUAACAGAAUGUAAUGUUAUUAUAACUGAAUCAACAGGCUAGGAAUGGGGCAUGAUGUUUUUCUGAGUUCGCUGCUCUCUUUUAAAAAAAAAAUCAAAUGCAAUUCAUCUUUUAUAACCAGUUUUAAUUAAUUCCUUGCCAAAUUAUCAACAUAUACAGGCCUCACUAAGGAAAAACCAGAUGCUGUAAUUCUGUCUGGGCAUUCUCUCCCUGUUGCACAUAUCUCUAGUCACUUAAAAUUCAUUCACAUUUGCAGGUUUGUUACAUAAUGUCACAGGACAUCCAAUUUUAUUUAUUUAUUUUAAAUGAGUUUGAGGUCGUACGGAAUCUCUUGUCUGUCCUGCUUGACCUGUGAUGCCUAUUUCAAAGGCAGUAUUCAAACGAUUUUAUGUUAUGAAUGUUGUGUGUGUGAAGUUGAAGUGGAAUAUCCAUGUGCAAAUAGAAUACACUCAGCAAGCAUGCGUGAACUUAACUCAGUAUGUAUAAACUGCCUCAGUUGAAAAUAUUUGCAGAGGUUUGGGGGGGUGGAGCCAAAACACUUUCUGGGCAGAAAACUCAGCUUUCUGUUUCAUUCACAAUAUCUCUUAUAGUUAUGCGAGUCAUCACUGAUGUUGAACAUGCAUUUAUGUACUCAUUCCACUUAGGGGUUUUGUUUUGUUUUGUUGCAUAAAGAAUUCCAGGGUCCUAGAGCGGAAGUACUUUAUUGCCUCGUAUGGGCUCUCUGAAGACUUUAUAUUGGUGCAGACACUUCAGAUUCAAAGUCACUCUCGUCCAUUUGUCCUUUCCCUAUGUCUCCUUGCUACAGAAUUACAGUGGUACCUCAGGUUACAAACACCUCGGGUUACAAACACCUCGGGUUACAGACUCCAUUAACCCGGAAGUAGUACCUUGGUUUAAGAACUUUACCUCAGAAUGAGAACAGAAAUUAUGGCGCGGUGGCAGCGGGAGGCCCCAUUAGCUAAAGUGGUACCUCAGGUUAAGAACGGAUUCAGGUUAAGAACGGACCUCCGGAAUGAAUUAAGUUCGUAACCAGAGGUACCACUGUAGUACCAAAGCCAAACCCAAGACGAGCAUAAAAUGUGGUACACACAUGUUGGCCUGAGAUGAAUGUAGCAUAUAUUGUCUCUCAGAAGUCAGCAGGGCAGAGAGCAAAUAUACUAAACUGACCUUGCAGGUUUAAGUAGGUUUACUCAUAGCUAACCCCCGUUGCUUUUAGUAUAACCUGUGCACUAAUAAUACUCCUUAGGUGUGCAACCUCAGUGACUAUGUAACUGCUCUAGAUAGUAUUAUGAUCACCCACAGGAUUAAUCAGAAGUAAGAUCCAUUGCUUUCAGCAGAACAUAUUCACUGGUAAGAAUACUUAGGUUUGCAGCCUCCUUGUCUAUAUAAUUCUCUAGAAAUGUGAUUGCCCACAUUGGGCGACACACCAUGUAUGUUAGCAAAGUUUGCUAGUUGCAAACUCUUAUUUAUAACUUCUGCAAGUAAAAUAAUGACUGUACUGUUACUGAGCUAAUAGUACAGUGCAACUAUUGUGUGAAACAUUUAUUCCUCUAAAUACACUGACCUUACAAUAAUGUUCCAUGUCAAUUCAACAUAAAUUAACCCACCAUUAAAAACAGUAACACACAUUUUACUUAACACUAAUAGUAACCAGUGAGAGACUAUGGGUGCUUAGUUUGUUUGUUUCUUUAGACAGUCCUUCAUGCUGCACAUCUGAGUUUUCAAACUCAGGGAUUAACUAGGCAUUAUAAGAACAGCAUUGCCAGAGCUUCCUUGCAAUGUGUGAAGACACACAUGGUAUUAUAUUAUUGUACUGUGCUCUGCUUUGCCCCAGCUGGCCAACAAUGAAUUAGGUGAGGCACAACACAGUGCAAUUAUGUCACAUCACUGUAAUGUGUUUCUAUACCACAGGUGGGGCACCUAUAGCACUCCAGAUGUUGUUGGACUGCAACUCAAAUCACCCAUGACCAUUAGCUAUGCUGGAGCUAUGUUGCUUGGAGACCCACAACAUCUGGAGGGCCAUGGGUUCUCCAUCUUUGGCCUAGACAUUACAGGAAACUGGGGAUAGGAGACUGAGUUGUCUGCAACAUCUGGCUAAUAUGACAAAGGAAAGACAAAAGCAAUUUAUUAUCUCUCGGGGGGGGGGGUGUUAUGCAAAAAUAAAAGUAAAACAUCCCAAUGGGGUGAGCACAAGACUUUCAGCAGGUCUAAGAUAAAUCUUUGAAUUCCAGCCUAAGUUUUUGGUCUUGGUGUUUAGAAUGUGUCUUUUAUUUCACCAUUUCCUAAUUUUUAUAUAUAUAUGUAGUGAUUUAUUGUUUAUGAAACACGUGCGUCAUUUUCUAAACAAACCAAUGAUUGGCAGCGUAACUACCACACAAUUGAGACCUUUUCUUAAUUAUAUUAUAAAUGCACUUUGCUAAUACGAAUUUCUGGUUACGAUGUGCCCUCUUGUCUCAGGACGCUGCUGUGCUAUUCAACCCAUCAGUCUGUUUAUCUAAACAUCUCACCCAAACAUUUCUUUCCAGGUGUCUCACAACCCACUUUAAUUUACUAUGUGUGAUUCCAUAGGUUAUAGGCUGAAAUAAUAUAUGUUAUUCCAUAAACCUGCAUCUGUUACUCCAAUUUCACUGUCAUUCCUUCCCCCAAAGAAUCCUGGGAACUGUAGGUGCUGUUGUAGAUGCAUCCUAAAAUAUUUUCUGUGUAUUUAUUUGGCUGAAGUCUUCAAUGCACUUUAGACUUUAUUUCUUUUAGAAAUAAGAGUAUAUGUUUCCUUAAAAAAAUAACAAUACAUUGAAACAUCAGGUGUGUAACUGGGUUUGACUGUGCAUGAACAGGAUGGUCACACUGUUAAUGCUCAGGAAUUUUUUUAAAAAAUGCAUUUAGAAAAGCAAUAAAUAAAAUCCACCAGCACUUACACUUUAAGCCUUAUAAAAGUUCUGUGAAUUAAUAGUAUUUUAAAUGUUGAAAACAAAUAAAACAAGUCAUUGUUGUCACUCACAACAGGUGUAAAGAUAGCCUAUAGGAGAUACAUUGCCCAUCCCUUAAUCCACAAAUCCACUGAUGUUAAAACACUUGGAAAAGAAAGUCAGAUAUAUUUUUUAAUUGUUCGCAUAAAUCAAUCGAAGAAAUCUUUAAUGUAAAUAGUAGGAUAACUAAUGUUUCUUUCUUCAUUGAUGAAUAAAAUACUUAUUUCACUCUG